CGUUAAAUCUUGGUUUCCCACUUUGUCAGCAUCUAUCUAAUCCAUCUUCAAAGAUGUACCCAAAUCUCUUAACUCACCGCCAAAAUAGCCACCAUAUUCAACUUAUAAACCCCCUUUCAAAUCCCCCCUCCUCUUCACUUAACCCACUCAUCCAUCCAUGGCUUCCACUCCUCAAGUUUUCUUCUUCCUCCUCCUCCUCGUUCUGGCUGUAUCCGCAGUGGUCAAUGCAGCGCGUGACACCCCAGGGCACGCCCACGUGCAUCCCCAAUGGUUUGGAAAAUACGAUGGCACCGUGCUUGUUCCAGGAUUCGGCAGGUACAUGAUCCCAAAGAAAGGGCAGAAUCCACUGCACUACAAUCCCAUCACAGGGGCACCAACUGAAGGGCACGGCGUAUCCAUCCCGGACCUCGGUUAUUCAGCUCCCCGCCGCUAUAUUCCAGGCGGGGAUGACACACUCUUGCCAAACCCGGGAGUAGAAGUGCCUAUCCCGGGUGGUGGAAGUGGUGGUUCUGUUCCAUCUUCCCCUUGACUUAGUUCAUUCCCACCAGUUUUAAUUAAUAAUGUGUCAAGUGUGUUGUAUUUUUUUUGGGACUUCGACCUGGUUUCAGCAUUUUUCAUGUUUUGUUACUCUACAUCGCUCUGUAAUGUGUUUGCAAUUCAUAAUAAAAGUUGAGUGUUCUCCCCUCUAAAAGGUGUUGUCCUAAUAAUUAUGUGGCUGAGCCACCACCAAUGAGGUGUAGAAAUUCAUAAAAGUGUAGCAACAAAGAGGUGUGUCAACUCAAGGGCAGAUCUAUUGUCUUCAUCCUAGUUCAUCAAUAGGAGAAAUAGACACCAGUUUUCAAAGACUGGAGCAUCCACACAAAACUACAAC